AUGGGAGCAAGGAACAAACAGAAAGUGAGCUCAUCGGAUCCUUCAUCAGAAGUUGGCCGGAACCAGCAAUCGAAAUUAACAGAGGAGAGAAGGAAGCAUUUAGGCGACAUAGCAUUAAAUGAUAUGAACAUGGGGAAGGAGGAAAAUGAUUCGGCUAGGCAAGUAGGGGCAUGCACUGCUAUGGAGGAAGAAAUAGCUUCAAGAGAAGAAAUUUUAUGUCUUGAUGAUGUUCAUAUUUCAUUGACCGAGUUGACUACGCGAGAAGAACGAGACAUUCGUCAUCGAGGAAUGAUGAAUGAAGAGCCAUAUCAGCGGAUUGUGAUAUAUCUUCAACAAUCCAGAUUAUAUAAAGCGACGUUUCUUCAUGAUUUUAAGGUGAUGCUAGCACUGAUAUCGGCGUUGAUUCAGUGUUGGAGGCCCAAAACGCAUACGUUUCAUUUUCCUUGUGGUGAUGUGACGAUAACAUUAGAAGAUGUUGUGUAUCAACUUGGUGUUCCAAUUAAUGGUAUGCCAUUGGUGCUUCGCAACAAUUAUGUGCGUGAUACAGUUAUUUCUGAUUUACUUGAUGUCAUUGAUGGGAUGCGGAUAUGGAUGACGUGGUUGGAAAGAGAAUUUAGAGUAGAUGAACAAUCAACGGAGCAAGAAGUGAUAUAUGCAGCUCGAGCAUAUUUUAUGGCGUUGAUUGGGGGGAUCUUGCUAUCGUAUAAAUCGGGCAAUUCGGUGCAGACCCAAUAUCUUCGGGUAUUGGAGAAUUUCACUGUAUGUCGCCAAUAUAGUUGGGAUUAUGCAAUUUUAGCUUUUUGUAUCGUGAACUUUGCAAGGCAAAUUGUUUAG